GGUACAUGUAGCCACAAUGCUGUGACGUAGGCCAAAGCCAGAAGAUAGUUUUAUAAAGGACAAAUUGUAAAAUAUCCCAGGCUACCCUUGGAUUUGAAAUAGAGCUGAGAUGGCCGAGGUUGUUCUUGAACUCUGGAUCUCCCUGCCUUCAUUUCUCCAGUGCUGGGAUUGCUGGAGUGUGACACUGCUUCUGGCUACAUUUUUUUGUGGGGGAUGGGCCAGAGACUCAAACAUGCGUGCUCCACCAUGUUUCCCUCUUCUUGAAUUAUGUGUGUAUGAACUGACUGUGGUGGCGCAGGCCUUUAAUGCCAGCACCCAGGAGGCAGAGACAGGCAGAUCUCUGAGUUUGAGGCUAGCCUGGUCUACAGAGGGAGUUCCACAGAGAGACAGCCAGCUGGGGCUACACAGAGAAACCCUGUCUUGGAAAAGUUAGGAAUAUAGGUAUCUGUGUAUGGAUGUGUGGGUGUAUGCACAUUUGAGUUCGGUGCCCUAGUAAUCCAGAAGAGGUCAUCAGAUCCCUAGUGACUGGAGUUAGCAGCCUGUGAGCUGCCAGACAUGGGAGCUGGGAAUCCAGCUCUGGUCCUCUGCAAGAGCAGGAAGUGCUUAACCACUGAGCCAUAUUCCCAGCCCCAUUUGGGAAAAGUUUUUGAGACAGGGUUGCAGUGAGUUGCCAAGGCUGGCUUGGAACUCGUCCUGCAGCCCUUGAAUUUGAUUCUGUGUUUACUUACCGAGCAGCUUGGGUUAUAGGCUUGUGCCAACAUAAAUGUCUAUACUAAGUUUCUAAAAUGUCCCCUUGUAAAGACACCUUAAUAGAUGCUGGGAUUUUUUUCUUUCUUUCUUUCUUUUCUGGGAGCAAGACUGUGGCACGCUCCCUUGUUUAGCUCAGUAUUCUAUUCAUGGAGAAGGGCUUAGUGUUAUCUUCGGGAAUUGGGAAUUUCAACUGGGAACCAGUGGAUACUGGUGGUUGAUUCCAGGCUGCAACGUAAAGACUCCCAUCAGAGAAUUGGGCGUUAAGAUUGAGAUUUACACGUUUUGCAUGAGUAUCAGGCUCCUCUGUCCAGAAAAGCAGGAAGAACGCGUUUUAUAGGUAGACAGCCUAGAUUUCUGCAGAAGAAAAUGGUGGGAGGAGAUCCCUUUAAAAUGGUUGCUUCUAUGCAUUUUGCCCUAGACAUCCAUCGUCUCCAAACCCAUCGACAGCGUGAGGAGGGGGCAAAUCCGCUCUUGAGGAGGUCAAGAGGUGCCCUACCCCAGGGAUCCUGCAGAGCAACCUCUGAAUGCAAACUAGCUCCUACCGAGGAAGCAUGUGGGGAGCAAAACUUAACCUCUCCGCUCUCCUCACUUUCAAACAGGAAAGAGCACGUCCUGAAGGCCUGGCUUGGCCCAGGUCAGCUUCCGUAGCUCCUAGUGCUGGGCGAGUGUGUCGCAAAACCGCGCGAGACUUCCGCGUCUCCACCCUUUUCCCGUCAUUCCUUUAAUCGCUCUUAGUUUUAGUUUGGUCGGGGGUCUUGUUUGUAGUUGGAGGCCGAGCUCCGUGGGUGACGUAAGCUGCGCGCGCGACUCCUCUAACCCUCCGCGGUCCCGCUCUCAUCUUUCCAUUCGCCUCUGGGCUAAGAAUCCCUGCGUCUCCUUCAAACCCUCUUUGCGGUCCAUUGUCGCGCGUUCCGGUCCGCCCGGAAAACAAGCCCGCCGGCGCGCGCUUCCAACGGCCCCGACCGCUGCCAGGCCUCCUCUGACAGCACCAUGGGUGACAGUGAUGAUGAAUACGAUCGAAGACGCAGGGACAAAUUUCGAAGGGAGCGCAGUGACUAUGACCGUUCCCGGGAAAGAGAUGAAAGACGGCGAGGGGACGAUUGGAAUGACCGAGAGUGGGACCGUGGUCGUGAGCGCCGCAGUCGGGGUGAAUAUCGAGACUAUGAUAGGAACCGAAGGGAGCGCUUCUCUCCCCCUCGACACGAACUUAGUCCCCCACAGAAGCGCAUGCGGAGAGACUGGGAUGAGCACAGCUCUGACCCAUACCACAGUGGCUAUGACAUGCCUUAUGCUGGGGGGGGUGGGGGACCAACUUACGGCCCCCCUCAGCCCUGGGGCCACCCAGACGUCCACAUCAUGCAGCACCAUGUCCUGCCUAUCCAGGCCAGGCUGGGCAGCAUUGCUGAGAUUGACUUGGGUGUGCCGCCACCUAUAAUGAAGUCCUUCAAGGAAUUCCUCCUGUCUCUGGAUGACUCUGUGGAUGAGACCGAGGCAGUCAAACGCUACAAUGACUACAAGCUGGACUUCCGGAGGCAGCAGAUGCAGGAUUUUUUCCUGGCUCAUAAAGAUGAGGAGUGGUUCCGAUCGAAGUACCACCCCGAUGAGGUGGGGAAGCGGCGGCAGGAGGCCCGGGGGGCCCUGCAGAACCGACUGAAGGUGUUCCUGUCCCUCAUGGAGACUGGCUGGUUUGAUAACCUUCUCUUGGACAUAGACAAAGCUGACGCUAUCGUCAAGAUGCUAGAUGCAGCUGUCAUUAAGAUGGAAGGUGGCACAGAGCACGAUCUCCGCAUUUUGGAGCAGGAAGAGGAGGAGGAACAGGCAGGCAAGACUGGGGAGACCAGCAAGAAAGAGGAGGGCCGAGCUGGACCAGCCCCGGGGGAUGGAGAGCGCAAGGUCAACGAUAAGGAUGAGAAGAAAGAAGAUGGAAAACAGGCUGAAAAUGACAGUUCCAACGAUGACAAAACUAAGAAACCUGAGGGUGAUGGGGACAAGGAGGAGAAGAAAGAAGAGGCUGAGAAGGAAGCCAAAAAGAGCAAGAAGCGGAACAGGAAGCACAGUGGUGAUGACAGCUUCGAUGAGGGCAGUGUAUCCGAGUCUGAGUCUGAGUCUGAGAGUGGCCAGGCUGAGGAGGAGAAAGAGGAGGCUGAAGAGGCACUUAAAGAAAAGGAGAAGCCCAAAGAAGAGGAGCGGGAGAAGCCUAAGGAUACUGCAGGGCUGGAGUGUAAGCCCCGGCCCUUGCAUAAGACUUGCUCUCUCUUCAUGCGCAACAUUGCGCCCAACAUCUCAAGGGCAGAGAUCAUUUCUCUUUGUAAAAGAUACCCAGGCUUUAUGCGAGUGGCACUGUCAGAGCCCCAGCCAGAGAGGAGGUUUUUCCGCCGUGGCUGGGUGACUUUUGACCGCAGUGUUAACAUUAAGGAGAUAUGUUGGAACCUGCAGAACAUACGACUCCGGGAGUGUGAACUGAGUCCCGGUGUGAACAGAGACCUGACUCGUCGUGUCCGCAACAUCAAUGGCAUUACACAGCACAAGCAGAUAGUGCGAAAUGACAUCAAGUUGGCAGCCAAGCUGAUCCACACACUGGAUGACAGGACUCAGCUCUGGGCCUCUGAGCCUGGGACGCCUCCUGCGCCCACAAGCCUGCCCUCUCAAAACCCCAUCCUGAAGAACAUCACCGACUAUCUGAUUGAGGAAGUGAGCGCUGAGGAGGAGGAGCUCCUGGGGAGCAGUGGAGGACCCCCGCCCGAGGAGCCUCCCAAGGAAGGCAACCCUGCAGAGAUCAAUGUGGAGAGGGAUGAGAAGCUGAUCAAGGUCUUGGAUAAACUUCUUCUCUACUUGCGUAUUGUGCACUCUCUGGAUUAUUAUAACACCUGUGAGUACCCUAAUGAGGACGAGAUGCCAAACCGCUGUGGCAUAAUCCACGUUCGGGGGCCCAUGCCUCCCAACCGAGUCAGCCACGGAGAAGUGCUGGAGUGGCAGAAGACUUUCGAGGAGAAGCUGACCCCGCUGCUGAGUGUGCGCGAAUCCCUUUCUGAGGAAGAGGCCCAGAAGAUGGGCCGGAAAGACCCAGAGCAGGAAGUGGAGAAGUUUGUCACCUCCAAUACACAGGAACUGGGCAAGGAUAAGUGGCUAUGUCCUCUCAGUGGCAAGAAAUUCAAGGGUCCAGAGUUUGUGCGCAAACAUAUCUUCAAUAAGCACGCUGAGAAGAUCGAGGAGGUGAAGAAGGAGGUGGCGUUCUUCAACAACUUCCUCACAGAUGCCAAGCGCCCAGCUUUGCCUGAGAUCAAGCCAGCUCAGCCACCUGGCCCUGCCCAGAGCCUGACCCCAGGACUUCCCUAUCCACAUCAGACACCACAGGGCUUGAUGCCCUAUGGUCAGCCCCGGCCUCCCAUCUUGGGCUAUGGAGCUGGUGCUGUCCGCCCUGCAGUCCCAACAGGAGGGCCUCCAUACCCCCAUGCUCCAUAUGGUGCCGGCCGUGGGAACUAUGAUGCUUUUCGAGGCCAAGGUUAUCCUGGGAAACCUCGGAACAGGAUGGUUCGAGGAGACCCAAGGGCUAUAGUGGAGUAUCGCGACCUGGAUGCCCCGGAUGACGUUGAUUUCUUUUGAACCAGCCACGUCCCCUCAUUCUGCAUCGCUGCAUCUGUACCUGUGACCUCUUUAUCCUAUCAGCUGAGAAUUUUUUUGUACGUUAUUUUACCUGCUAGUAAACAACUUGAGUACUGUGUGUUAA